AUCUGACGUUCUGCGUGCUGCUGCUGCGUCUUCGCUGUUCUCUCGACGUGCUUUACGCAGAUGAGAAAUGGUCCAUACCAUCAAACACGCUAUAGGAAACACGCUGGAGGAUCUGAGGAAAAACUGCUUCCUUAAGUUUUGUUACCAGCUGCGAGACCGCAGAGAGGAGCCGCGGGUCCGCUACAGUGAGGUGGAGAAUAAAACUGUGUUGGAGAUCACAGACCUCCUGGUUUCAACUUUCACAGAGCCCAAAGCUCUUCAGGUGACUCUGGAUAUACUGAGGCAGAUUAACUGCAACAACGAGGCUGAGACACUGUAUUUACAAACCAAAGCCUGUGUGGACGAAGGUGACCCUGUCCUCCGUAAGACCUGGAGUGGGGCGUUGGAGACAAAGCCCUCACAGGAGGCCCUGAAGUGUGCAGCCGGCCGGUGGCCUUUAGGAGCUGCUCGACAGGGAGAUUCUCCUGUGAAGAAGCCAAAGGAAGUGGAGGCUGAAGCGAAGGCCUGUGUUGUCUCUGAGGGUGGGGACCCUUACAAAAAACGGCUCGUUCUAAGCAGGUUUACGAUUCAGUUUGGCCAGUACAAAGAUAAAACCUUUAAAUGGCUGUUGGAGAAUGAUGUAAGCUACGUUGCCAUGUUGGUGGCUCGUCACCAGAAGGAGCAAGAGGACUCAGUGAGUCAGAGUCCACUGAUGGUCAACAAGGACUCCUUGACUCAAUAUGCGAUUGCUUACCCUGAGGUUUUGCAAGAAGUCAGAUUUCAUCGUGGAUACGAGAGAUCUCUCCAGUCAGGCCAAGAAGGAAAGGCGCUUGUUGGCUUUGGUAUGCAUCGAUCAGAGACGCUGCAGGACCUGUACGAGUCAAAGGACAAGCACAAAAUGAGCUAUGUCAACUUUCUCCGUUCCAAAAAGUCGAUCUGCGACCCAGGGUCCAAAAUGGACAUCGCUGUCAAAUACAUUUUGCAGCGUGACCAAAAGCAGGACGCAGCUGCCGGAGGGAGACUGACCAGAAGGGCCCAAAGCACCAGAGGCCAGCCCACCAGCACCUCAAGGACCUCAAAGAAGCACCUGAACAGGAGCUGGAGGUCAUCAAAUCCCUAGCUGCCCCUGGUGACCAACCAUCGUUGUCUUUGGAAAUCAGUGGCCUUUCCUCCUGCAGCAGGCAACAACUCUUAGGACAAAAACAACAAAAGAGCUAGAGUUGUUUGUACAAGUUUUUUUUUCAUCAGUAUUGAUAAGCAAUAAUUAAAUGUUUUGUUUUUUUGGGGAGUGAGGGUUCCACCAAGGGUUGAAACAGAUGUUGUACAGAUUGUAAAACCCCUUGAGGCAAAUUUGUGAUUUGUGAUAUUUGGCUACAUAAACAAAACUGACAUGACUAAUAUAUUAUUUAUUAACAUUAAUAAACCCCUUUUAUUACAACUCUUAUGCUGUAAAUGAUGCCUUAUUAUUAAUGAUAUGAACACUCAUAACUCAAGCGAGGGAGUUCAAGUAUCUUGGGGUCUUGUUCAGCGGUUUGGCGCGGUAUCUGCAGUGAUGCAGGUGCUGUGCCGGACCGUCGUGGUGAAGAGUGAGCUGAGCCGGAAGGCAAAGCUUUUGGUUUACUGGUCCAUCUACGUCUCAACCCUCACCUAUGGUCAUGAGCUCUGGGUAGAGACCGAAAGAAUGAGGUCGCAGAUACAAGCAGCCGAAAUGAGUUUCCUCCAUGGGUUGACUGGGCUCAGCCUUAGAGAUAGGGUGAGGAGCCUGGAGUAGAGCUGCUGCUCCUUUGCAUCGAAAGGGGUCAGUUGAGGCAGUUUGCGCAUCUGAUCAGGAUCCUCCUGGGCGCCUCCUGUUAGAGGUGUUCCAGACAUGUCCCACUGGUAGGAGGCCCCAGGGCAGACCCAGAACAUGCCGGAGGGAUUACAUAAAUCAUCUGGCCCGGGAAUGCCUCGGGGUCCUCCAGAAAGAGCUGGAAAGCACUACUGGGCACAGGGAGGUCUGGGGUGCUUUGCUCAGCCUGCUGCCCCUGUGACCCGGCUUCAGAUAAGCGGUUGAAAAAAGAUGGACGGAUGAACACUAAGCUGUUUACUGAAUUCUC